GGGCUUAAUUUGGUGGAACGCCGUCAUAUCGCGUCUCAUUAUUGGAACAAUUGAAGCAUUACGCCCAUCAAUACUCAUCUCCGCAUAUUUGUGUGUUGAUUGACGAUCGUCCUCGCUCGUAAGAUACCUCGAGAGCCAACCGACUGUACCAUCUGCAUGUCAAGCCAGCGGUAGCCAUGAGUACAAAGCUAGAAAACGAGGCAGAGGAUGCCAAUAUCUCAUAUCCUUCGCCCGGCGCCGAGGCGAUGGAAGCUGGCCCUUUUUACAACACCAGUGGCCGAGACGUCCCUCAAGACCACCAAGAGCACGAGCAUCAUGAGCAUCAUGAGCAUCAUGAGCCCCAUCACGAGCCUCACCAUGAACAGCCAGACCAUCAUGCGCCGGGACAAGUACAACAUGUACAAGUUCCAGAGCACAAUCAGAAUGAUCUGCAACCUCCAGAACCGGAAACCCCUCAGCAGCACGUUCCUCGUCCUGCCAAUCUGGAAGAACUUCAGCUGGCAGCCCAGUUGGGCCAGGGCCUAGCUGGAGCGCCCAUGAUGUCAACCACAGACCCCAACAUGAACGUCGAAGACCCCAACCUGCGAAGCAUCAUGCCUCACCCCGACCCCGAUCAGCAGCAGACACCGUCAUAUGUUCACGACACCCCGACGAGCGACCAAAUGGUAUCGCACGCCAUGUCUGUUCCUGUUGGGCCACCCAUGGGCCCCCAAUACCCUAUCGACAACAGCAUCCCACCCAGAAAACGAUCAAAGGUGUCAAGGGCAUGCGACGAGUGUCGGAGGAAGAAAAUUAAGUGUGACGCCCAGUCAGAUACUGGGGACGCUCCCUGUUCUAGUUGUGCUAGGUCAUCCAUUAGAUGCCUCUUCAGCCGCGUACCGCAGAAAAGAGGCCCAAGUAAAGGAUAUAUCAAAGAACUUGCAGAUCGCAUCCAUAGCAUCGAAAACAAGCUUGAGUCCGACGGAGGCCUGAGUCAAGACGACAUUGACAGACUCUUUUCCACAGAUCGACCUCGGCAAAGCCAAGGCGAGGACGCCGCUCGAAAACGACCCUUCUCCAGUAUCUCGACAAACGAUUUUGUUACACCCUCGCGACAAAUGCCAUGGGGCUCGGACCACAGGAUGCAGGCCUCGCCAGGGACUUCUGAAGCAUAUUCAGCUUACAGCAACAACAACUCGUUGGCACCCCAAGCUACACCCAUUAGGCCAGACAGUACGCCCUCUAAACCUCCCGUGGCUGCCAUGGACGUAUCAAUGCCCGAUGCUCAUGAGACCGUUGACAUCGACGAAAGCAUGCUACAGAGUUAUUUGUCAACUGUUGGCCCUGUGUAUCCGAUAUUGCCAAGCACAAAGAGUCGAAUGCAGGCGUUACUCUCGCAGUGCCCGACAUCCGUCCAGAAUGCAUUUGCCAAUGCUCUUCCCGCUGUCGUAGGAUCCGGUGGUGACACAAAGCUAGCUAGCUUGCUACUUAUGGAACGCGAGAGCGAUGAAACCCAUGCCACACAAGCCACCUAUAUUGUGCAUGCCCAAACGCUAUUGCUGCUUAUUAUUGAUGCAGACUGGCGUUCAUCACCAACUUUGCCGUACUUGCUUUCUCGUGCGGUUGGAUUGGCCAAUUCGAUUAACCUAUGGCGAUACACCCCCGUCGAGUUGGUUUUGGAGUCCGAUUCAGACUCAGAUGACCAGCUAUCAGUGCGGAUAUGGUGGUCAUUGAUCCUGAUGGACCGUUGGCAUGCUGUCGGCAAAGGAAAACCACCAAUGAUACCGGACAAUAGUACAGUCGCUCCUCCUGGCCUGGAGAAGAUCCUGGGAGAUGUGUGCUUUUACCUUGCUCGACUUUCGAAGCUGCUCAACUGUCUGUGGCAAGCUAUCUUCACAUUGCAGCUGGGAAUGUCCACAACUGAGGAGAUAGUGGCACGCAUACUCGCAGAUUAUGUUGAGAACUACCGAGAAGAUCUUCCGGCGCAUGUCUUGGCUACGUCGCAUCCCGUGGUGCAUCUAGCAUACUGGCACUGUAAGCUCAUGGUUGUGCUUUUGACACCAGGCGCCACGCCGACCGAAACGUUAUGGCCUACCAAAGAAGUGAUCCACCUUCUCUUCGCAAACGAGCACCUACGCAGUCCACUCGUCAAUCACUUUGUGUCUCUUAUCACGAUGUCUCUGGCGAAGCUUGUUAAGAUCGACAAGUCGCGAGAAGAAGCCACACAGUUGAUCAAGGACAUUGUGGAAAAGCCCAACGAAAUGUGGAAUGGUGUUCGCGACAAACUUUCGGAAUUCUUGCGUCCAACAUCAUCAGUGGAAGCGGCAGCAAGCCAAGGCCUUCAACACCUGGCAGACCUUGCCACAGCACAUGAGGGCAUCGCACCGGGAGGUGAUGAUAUCUCAUUUGGGCCAUCGUUGGCAUCAGGAUAUUUGGAUAUGGCAUAGGGCAUCAUUGAAAAAACACAACAAGACCUGUACACACACGUGUGAAGAGACGAUGACCAUUGUUAGGCGAUGGGACUUGUAUGAUUAUUAUUCCCCUUUUUGGUAUUUGUUAAACUGGGGUAACGGAAAAUGCGGAACGAUGACGGUAGAUGAUAGUGCCAAGCUUGUGACAUGAACGAUGGCGUUUGGUUUUGUUGAGAUACUAUUUUGAUAGUUAUCAACUUUGAUAUUCGUAAUCCCAUAACUGUCCUAUUACAAAGCUGCACAGCCGAAGUUCUACUCUGCGUGCAGUAGCGGUUUCAAAACAGAGUUUUUCCCACGCUGUCAUAACCUUGUCUGGUCAAUCAUAGCUCGAGCUGUUAUAUAGCGUCGAGGGAGACAAAGUCAAAAUCUUGCAUAUUCUAGCCGUACCUGAUCGAC